GGGCAGUUCGCCGAAGCGACUCAGGACACGAUUGCUGUGAUAUGCUGUAAAUCGACUGUUCAAGUGCUUAAAACUGGAACGGAACUUUACUGGCACUGCAAGUUCACUGCAGCGAGAGUUUUGAGAAACAUUUCUUUUACGAGUUUGCUCGGGUGGGACUCUACCGACGACCCCUGCUUGCUAGUGCAGACGCCUUAAUUUACUCGACUAUACAGAUCUCACUGGAGUCAAUAAUUGGAUGGUUCGAUUCUGAUAUACCGGUAGCAGCGGCUUUUGUUUAAAUUACGUCGGCAAAGGGUAUCACCAACUAUUGAAAUUUAUUUGACUAUUUCAUGCACACAUUGCUUGAUAAGCAUAACCUAUAACAUUUUCGAUGCGUGAGAAAGGCCUUAUAUAAGCGUUUUACUGUUAUAGAAAAAGUCGUUGAUGUUUGAACAAAAGUUUGUGCAACACGAUGAAAGCGGAUAGAAGACAGGCAGACGAGUCAACAAGGUUACUUAGUGAGGAUCACAAAGUCGGUAUCCUUGGCAGAAACUCCUCAGAAGGCCCGGAUCAUUAUGCAUCGGCAAACCGGUACAACAGGCAUGCACCCACGGAGACCGCCGGGCCAAUAGAGUUGUUAUCAUCCGGUAAAAGUAGCGUGUGCACCGUACACCACCACCAUGUGGCAUACGCUCAGCGAUGGUACAUACUCUUGCUGUUCUCCAUGCUGGCUAUAUGGUCUGCGGCCGCUUGGAACACGUGGGGACCAAUCUCGGACACGUCCAAAGUUGUUUUUAAUUGGAGCGAUGGCGACGUGGCGCUCUUAACCAAUUGGGGUUUCAUCACCGUGAUCACGUCCGGAAUGUUUUUCUCCUGGAUGAUGGACGUAAAAGGGCUCCGAUUGGCCACACUGACAAGUGCUUUACUACUGUUCAUUGGCACGGGCAUCAGGGCUUUGCCCGUAGGAAUCGACAAUGUCAUUUGGUCGAUGAAUAUUGGCAUGAUUUUCGUUGGUCUGUCGAGUCCGAUACUCCUGGCUGGUCCACCGCUUCUCUCCUCUGUCUGGUUCCCGCCUCACCAGAGGACCACAGCCACAGCUAUAGCCUCACAGUGUUCUUACCUUGGUAUAGGAAUGUCGUAUUUAGUGGGGCCGCAGGUUGUGCACAAUAUCUACACCAAAAAUGAGAGUAACAUAUCAUCGGACUACACAGACGACAUCGGGAGCACGAACGAGACUCUACCACCCAAACUUCGUCAGACCUAUUUCUCUCAAAUCAUGGAGUUGAUGUAUAUUGAACUGGCAAUUUGCGCCGCUCUGUUGAUUUGUGUGUUCAUGUCAUUUCCUGCCAAACCGCCUACUCCGCCCAGCAACACAGCGGAAAUACAACGGAAGGAUUUCAAGCAAGGGGCACUGAUUCUUGUCAGAAAACGUCAAUUCUGGAUCCUCGGCUUCGCCUACGGUUUCAGCAUGGGAAUUUACGGAGCCUGGAGCACCAUGCUCGAUCCGAUAUUCGAAGAAACCCUGGGCGUUAAACAGCUAACUACCGGAUGGAUAGGCGUCACUUCUAAUAUUGCAGGGACAAUAGGCGGCCUUCUCUUCGCAGGAUGCGUGGAUUACCUUGGCGGUAAGAUGAGACGUCUGCUGAUGUUCCUGUGUGGUGGCGCUUCGCUGGCUUGUCUGUGGAUUAUCUGCCUCAGCCAUCGAUGGAUCACCUUUAAUAUCGAGUCUCUGUACGCGGCCUGCAUUCUGUACGGGUUUCUGGUCAACGCUACGGUACCUAUUUUCUACGAGAUGGCGGUGGAAGGAAUGUAUCCCGUAGCUGAGGGCAUCACCACAAUGGUCAUCGUCUUACUCAACCAGAGCUCUGGACUGGUCUACAUAUCCAUCAAAAUGAUCCCAGGCGUGGGGUCGCAAUGGAUGAACUGGGUGGCAUUCGCUUCGGUUGCAGUCUGCCUACCGUUGCUUUUCAUUUACAAAGAGCGCCACAACCGGCUCGAUGUGGACCUUCUGGAAGAAGAAGAAUUCCCCAUCACCGACGAAGGUCAAGAUAAUAAAGCUUGACCGCCAAGAGUUUGCUUCGAAGGCAGAAGCGUGUUUAUUUCAGAGUUGGCUUCAAGCAAUAAUUAUAGAUUCAGAAGUCUUGCAUCAUGUAAAGUCAGGUUGGCGUAGCGGUACUUUCCUCGCCUUCCAUCGCUGUGACCUGGGUUCGAUUCCUGCCCUGGCCAA